UUCACCGGGGUACACUUUGCGGCGUAUGAGGCUGCCAAGAAGAUCUUGUCCGAGUUGUAUCCGGAUCAGGCUGGGGACGAUCACUUGUUGACGCAUGUUGCCGCCGGUGGCACCGCCGGAGCGCUGGCGAGUGGGAUCACUACUCCGUUUGAUGUUGUCAAGACGAGGCUCCAGUGCCAGGGUGUUUGCGGUGCAACCAAGUACUCAACCAGCUCCGUCACACAAGUGGUGAAGGAGAUUGUUCGCCGUGAGGGCUCGGCGGCCCUGUUCAAGGGGUUAAAGCCUAGAGUUUUGUUUCACACUCCUGCGGCAGCCAUCAGCUGGUCCACUUACGAAGCCGUUGUUUCUCGCACUUGGGAAGCAAAUUAUGAAAGACUCUACUGUUUGAAGUUGCAAUACUUUGCCUACAUUGUUCUUGCUUUAUACUUUGAAUCAAAAAAGCUUUAAAAUUUUAAA